AUGUCUUUUGACGACUUACACAAAGCAAGCCAACAACAAUUAACUACUGCAGUAGACGAAAUCUGUAAAGAAUUCGAAGUCACUCCACAAAAAUUGGAUGAAUUGACUGCUCAUUUCAUUGAACAAAUGCAAAUGGGUCUAUCCAACACUGAUGAAUCCGCCGAAAAUAAAGGUUUACCAAUGAUUCCAUCCUUCGUCACUGGUUCUCCAAACGGUACUGAAAAGGGUAUGCUUUUUGCUGCUGAUCUUGGUGGUACCAAUUUCAGAGUUUGUUCAGUUACUUUAAGUGGUGACCACACUUACAAAAUGGAACAAAUGAAAUCAAAAAUUCCAGAUGAAUUAUUAGAAGAUGAAAAUGUUAGUAGUGAAGAUUUAUUCUCCUAUUUAGCAAGAAGAACCGCUGCUUUCAUUAAAAAGAACCAUCCUGAAGUUACUGAAACUAAAGAUAUCGUCAAAUUAGGUUUUACUUUCUCUUACCCAGUCUUACAAACUUCUCUAAAUGCUGGUACUUUAAUUAGAUGGACUAAGGGUUUCAACAUUCCAGACACCGUUGGUAAGGAUGUCGUCCAGUUGUACCAAGAACAAUUAGCCAAACAAGGCUUAGGUAACUUGAAGGUCGUUGCUUUAACUAACGAUACCGUCGGUACCUACUUAUCUCACUGUUACACCUCUCAAAACACUGAUUCAAUGACCACUGGUGAAAUCAGCGAACCAAUCAUCGGUUGUAUUUUCGGUACCGGUACUAACGGUUGUUACAUGGAAGAAUUAGAUAAAGUCACUAAGUUGCCAAAGGAAUUUAGAGAUAAACUGGCCGCUCAAGGUAAGACUCAUAUGGUCAUUAACACUGAAUGGGGUUCCUUCGAUAAUGAAUUGAAAGUCUUACCAACUACUAAGUACGAUGUCUACAUUGAUCAAAAAUUAAGUGCAAACCCAGGUUUCCAUUUAUUUGAAAAGAGAGUCUCUGGUAUGUUCUUAGGUGAACUAUUGAGAAAUAUCUUGAUUGACUUACACUCCCGUGGUCUAAUCUUCAACCAAUACAGAACCAAUGAACAGUUACCUCACCGUUUACAAACUCCUUUCGAAUUAGAUUCUGAAGUUUUAUCUCAUAUCGAAAUUGAUGAUUCUACCGGUUUAAGAGAAACUGAAUUAUCUUUGUUACAAACUUUAAGAUUACCAACCUCUCCAACUGAACGUAAGGAAAUCCAAAAGAUUGUCCGUGCCAUCUCUCGUAGAUCCGCCUACUUAGCUGCUGUUCCAAUUGCUGCUAUCACUAUCAAGACUGGUGUUUUAAGCAAGAGAUACCAUGGUGAAGUCGAAGUCGGUUGUGACGGUUCUGUCGUCGAAUACUACCCAGGUUUCAGAUCCAUGUUGAGACACGCUUUAGCUUUAUCUCCAUUAGGUUCUGAAGGUGAACGUAAAGUUCAUUUAAGAUUGGCCAAGGAUGGUUCAGGUGUCGGUGCCGCAUUAUGUGCUUUGGUCGCUUGA